GCUGAGUGUGUGCGCUGAGUUUCUUCAGCUGUCCUGUCAUUUCUCCUGAAAGUCUGUCCUCUCUCUGCUAGCAUGGGUAUCAUCACGGGACUCUGCACCUUCUUCUACCACUUACCUCAGAUUUACAAAUGGCUGCUGAAGCCCUACUACAUCGCGUCGUCCCUCAUGACCGUCGCCUUCCUGCUGGUGCGAAAGGCUCCCGGUCUGUGCGAACACCUGGCGACCGAGCGCGAGGACGGAAACUCCUGCGACUUCGACUGGAGAGAAGUGGAGAUUCUCAUGUUCCUCAGUGCAAUAGUGAUGAUGAAGAACAGGAGAGCCAUCACAAUGGAGCAGCACAUAGGCAACUUGUUUCUGUUCAGUAAAGUGGCCAACGUCAUCCUCUUCUUCAGACUGGACAUUCGGCUCGGCAUCCUUUACCUCGUAUUGUGUCUCACAUUUGUCAUGACCUGUAAGCCGCCUCUGUACAUGGGCCCCGAGUACAUCAAGUACUUCAGUGACAGCACCAUCGAUGAGGAGCUGCAGCGGGACAGUCGUGUCACCUGGAUCGUUGAAUUCUAUGCCAACUGGUCCGCGGACUGCCAGUCCUUUGCUCCGGUUUUCGCCGACCUAUCUCUCAAGUACAACUGUGCUGGACUCAGGUUUGGGAAAGUAGAUAUUGGACGUUAUGGAGAGGUUUCACAGAGAUACAGGGUAAGUACUUCCCCUCUGUCCAAGCAGCUACCCUCGCUCGUGCUUUUUCAAGGAGGCAAGGAAAUGAUGAGACGUCCUAUGGUGGAUAGCAAAGGAAGAGCAGUAUCUUGGACCUUCAAUGAGGAAAACAUCAUCAGAGAGUUUAACCUCAACGAGCUCUUCCAGAAAUCCAAGAAACUGAACAAAGGUCAUGGUUUGAAGGGAGAGGAGCAGACGAGCUCUCAGCCAGAGGAGGGCAGCAACGAGCUACACAACGAUGCUCCAGAGCAGCCCAUAGAGAGCAAGAAAGACCAGUGAGGAGUAAAAAUGCAUGAAGUCUUUCCCUUCUCUUCCAUCACUUUGCCUUUUUAUUGCCAACAUUUAAUGUGCUAUGGAAAGAAGAGGAAAAAACAGUUCAACCACUGCAAGAUGUCAUCCCACUGACAACUGUUUACUGAGGCAAAUAAAUACCCAAGUAACAGACCACACUUCACUCGCCUGUCUGGGAGUGAUGCAGAUGACAUGGCAGUGUGGUUUGAACAGUCACGCCAAAGUGUUACCGACCUUAAUUUAUUUGAGAUUUCUUUUUGUAAAGAUUGUUUUGCUACUUUCAAUAUCACUGUGUGUAAACUCGCUCUGCUUGUAUUUCCAAACAGUGUUUACUGAUGUCUCAUGUUCAAAAAAAGUGAAACAAAUACAAAAAAAACUGCAGUUAAGAUUCA